AGUAACACAGCUGCCUUACAGAACUAGCAGUAAUUUCAAGAAACCUGUGGAGUAUUUGUUCUCAGCUGACUCGAACAGAAGAGCUUCUUCAUCCAGCUGAAUUGUCAAAGAAUAUCAGGAGCCAAAAUGAAAACCAUCUUCCACUCCUUCCUCUACUGCUGCCUGCUUGCAACAGUAGCACACUGUGUGGAACUUGAGGUGAACCCCGAGUUGAAAAAAAGAAUAAGCUUAUGGCUCGGGAGCAGAUUGAGACGGGAUCUUGACAGUAUGACAGUCGAGAAUACAGCGGAGUCUCAGAACUUUGUCAGACCAGAGGAUAUCAGGGAUACUUUACUGCCACAUUCCAGCACUGACAUCAACAUCCGAACCAAGAGGUCAAAAAACUCAGCCAACCAGUCAAGAAGACAUGGCUGUUCGUUGGGCACUUGUGCAGUACACGACCUGGCACACCGUCUGCACCAGUUUAGCAACAAGUUGAAGAUUGGGAGCGCCCCUGUUGACAAGAUCAGCCCUCAGGGAUAUGGCCGGAGGCGCCGAUCUCUCCCAGCGCACCGAGUAACACUGAAGCGAGAGCAGGGCAGGCUGAGGCCCGUGUGGAGCACAAAUGACUCACAAGUUCACAAGCUCGAAGCUCUCCUCAGACGGACAUGAGUGGGACUUUCAAAAGAGGAGCUUGUAACAAAAAGAAAGGGAGUAGCUCUAUCGAGCUAGUGUCCUCUGUACUCUGUUAUAAAAUUCUCGAAAUGCCUCAAACUGUUGCCAAGUAUACUCCAGCACAUUUGUUCCAGUCAUGAGGACUGAGUCAGUGCAAGACUGGCUGCUGCUGAGUUUCUCUUAAGACUGAGCCUUUGCAGCUCUGCAGUCCAGAACUCGCAAACAACUGCAGCUGGCUGAAAGACACUGGAUGGCAAAGUGUGGAGCGGACUACAGGUGCCGUCGCUUGGCAGAGAGAAAGGAAGAGUGCAAAUACCUGGCAAAGCAAACACAUCCUCUGGCUGAAAGAAGGAACUCUCCUCCAACAAUUCUGGGACUUUACACAUUUAUUGCUCAAGGCCAGGACUUCGAUAAGUGCUGUCUCCUGAGGACUAAUACCACCAUGUUCCAUCAAACUGUCAGUAAUUGUAUGCACUUUUCCUUUUGGACGUAAAGUACAUUGAAUCAUCAGGAAAAGACAUUGUCAUCAUAAUGCUAAACAGGAAGAUCGGCUGCAGAGCUCUGACGCUCUCAGUUUUGGACACUGUAAAAGGGAAAAUGCCUUAGAUCCUGUGAGAUGUGUGCCAGUCCGCAAUGGAUUGAAAUAUACUUGAAAAUGCUAUUGUCUGUACAAAAACAUGUGCAAUCUAUUUUUUUUAUUACAGGUAUAUGUAUAUAUGAAUUCCUUUUAUUUAAAUAUUAUAUAGAGGUUACACUAAAGUACUUAUGCAGAUGGAGCUAUUUUUGUACAGGAAGAAAUAUAUAUAAGGGCAUUGUAGCUAUUUGUCAUUAUUCCCUUGCAAACUGUGGUAAUGUGUUUUAUAAGUAUAUUAUUAUAUAUUUGUAUAUGUGUUCUAUUUUAUUUGUGUCAAAGCAAUAACAUUGUCAUUUAAUAAACAUUU